AUGGCAUUUUCCUCGCCCUCUGGCUUUAUCGAAGACUUCAAUGGGUAUAUGGACGUUUGUCAACAUUUUGGAUGGGAGCCAAAAAAAGGCUGUUCUCAAAUUGGCCAAAUUAUUGCCUUCCAUGCAGCUAUAAAAUCCCAUCUCCGGAACGUUCCUGUAAACACAACAAUAAAAUUCGAUGAUGUUUUUCUGAACAAAGGAAACGGGUAUAAUCCCGACACAGGUGUCUUUACGGCACCAGAGGACGGCGUUUACUUCUUCGAGUGGACAUUUAUUUCAACCAGGAAAUCAACAGUUUACGUAGAGGCAGUGGUAGAUGGUACACGGAAAGCAUCGACUUGUGUGAAUGAUCAACAGAGUUAUCAUGUCAGUACCUCAGGACAUUUGCUUUAUGAACUGAAGAAAGGAAACAAAGUCUGGAUCAGAACAUUUUUUGUGACGGCUGGGUACAUGCACGCUGAUAAGUACACUUAUUUCUCGGGAUACAAGAUAAGCAAAUUCUAA